AUGGGCCAAGACGAGCUGCGGGAGCAGGCCAAAACCAGUGCGAGAUCGUCUUCGUUCCGCGAAGAAGUCAUGCAUCAAGUGUUGCAGUUGCCUGACUUCUUGGAGAGCUCCUUGUGGAACAUCUCCCUCUACGACAUGGCCGUCAAUUUGGACCAGCCGCACCACUACACCUCCUUCGAAGAUUACGUGGCGCAGCGCCCCCUCCCGCCUCCGCGGCUCUGGCCGUGGCACGCGGAGGGUCAGGCGACGCGGCCGACUGGCGAGGGCCUCGCCUCUGCAGCGGCGCGGCUGCGGAGCGGCCUCAAGAUCGCCAUGCUCCAGCUCCAUGAUGGGACGGCUCUGGAGCUGUGGGCCAGCGCCGAGGCUCCGAAGGCCGCGAAAGAGCUCCGUCCCAUCGCAAUGGGUUCAGCGGUGUCCAAGCUUUUCAGCCGUCUUCUCCUGAACCGAGCGCUACCGGCUCUUAUGCCCCACACCUACGCUCAAUGCUCGGGUAAGGGUAGACAAACCUCCGAUUUCCUCUUUACCAUUGUCAGACUAUUUGACCUUGCUCGUGAAUGGGGGAACUCGUUGGUGGUUUUCAAGCUCGACCUUGAAAAAGCCUUUGACAGUUUGGAUCGCAGCAAGCUCCUUGAUCGAUUGGAGCAGAAGAUUGGGCAGGGGGCGGAGAUGAACUGUUGGAGAGGGCUUUUGAGGGGUACCUCGGCAUGGCUUCAAACUCCGUGGGGAUCGUCGAGGGUUCAGAUGUCGAAAGGGAUAAAGCAGGGAGGGAUAGAGAGCCCUGUUUUCUUCGCGCACAUCGCGGAGCUCGUCUUAGCAGAGGCGGUGGACAAGUAUCGGUGGCGACACAUGGUUCCCCUCUACCCCGAUUUGGCGCCUGAAGAAAUGAUGUAUAUGGACGACGGACUGUUGUGGAACUCGGCAAUUACAGUCGUGGAAACUAGGGCACAACAACUCUCGGUGGAGUUCAUCAAAUAUGGGCUUCGUCUCAACCCGCUCAAAUGUCAGCUCUAUGUCAGUCCGAACACAGAGGGUCGGCACUACAUCAUUCUCGAUGGGGUCAAAGUGCAAGCCUCCCCCAGCCUCCAGGUCAUGGGUAUCACGCUCAGGGUCGGUAUCUCGGUCUAUGAACUUGUUGCGCCGGCGGUGACCAGGGCGAGGGCUAAGUUCUGGGAGCUCAAACACUUGUUUCGCGCGAAGGGUUACAUGAAGCAGCGGGCGAGGGUGAUGCAGAGAGUCAUUGGAGCCACAGCUCUCUGGUUUAUUUGUGUGGUCCCGCCGGAUAAGGCGGCGAUGACAGCCCUCAACAGUGCACAGCUUCAGCUCAUGGUUUGGUUGCUUCGUUUUGCCAAACGUGGGGAGGAAACGUGGGAGGACUUCCGCAAGCGUGCCUUCCGCGGGGCCAGGGCAGCACUUUACGCUUCGGGUUUGGAGAGGUGGUCUACGCUUUGGUUGAGGAGAUAUUGGGGUUAUGCGGGACACAGGGUCCGGACAGUGCUAUCUGCUCAACCGCCGAUAAGCACGGACUUUGAACAUUUCCGUACGCUGCCCUGGUGGCAGUACCAACAGUCUCUCAAGAGCAAAGGGUUGAAGCACAAGGGACGGCACUACGCCAGACUUACGGCCCUGGAACAGAACCUCGAUGCAGUGGCGGGCUCGCCCUGGCGGCAACUCGCACAUGACAGGGCUGCAUGGAAAGCUAGGGAGGAUGCAUGGGUGACCCGUAUGGAUGUACCAUGGAGCUCGGGGCGGCAGCUGUCUAUCGGGGAUUCGCAGUAG